GUGUGAAACGGCCUCUCGCUCAGUUGACUCGCCACUAUUGCCCUUACUGGAUGGCUAGUCUUCUUUUAACCACUCCAAACAUGAACUAAACCCCAUCGCGUAAGGGGGGCACUCGCUGGAUGUCAAUAAACAAGCCCUGGCUGGAUUGAGAGCCCAAAGCAACGAACCCCACCACAGCUUCUCAUGAGCGUGCCCCUUGGGAGUACAUCGUAUCAGAUGAAUUCUUAAGAUUCUCAAUAUUCCUCACCAACCGGCAAAUAUUGACCUGAACUUGCUUCUUGUAUCGCCUCAAAAGCAAUAUCAGGUUCUCGUAGCGACGCGUUGCCCACGAAUCAGACACGUCCCACAAGGCAAGGAAGUCGCGACAACCGCAUUCCCGCAGCAACGUCCAUGCUUGCUGGCUCCUUUGUUUCCCCCUUCCGAGCAAACAAUUUCCAGUUCCCCCUUCGAGACAGCUGUCAUUUCUAGUCAUCACUCCUCCACAAUACAAUCACCACAUUUUGGCCGCAUCUGCGACAUCCUGCACCUUCAGCGACUGAUCGCGCAAAAGAAGAAGAAGCAAUCCUCGACGAUCCGACUGACUGAUCCAUAAUGGCUCUUCAAGCCGCCUACCAGCAGUUUCUCGCUGCGCCAAAGGAGUCCGCGCUGGCCAGCAACGCGUCUCUCCACUAUAUUACCACACUUGUCACUCUGAACGGCCCUUCUGCGAUCAUCAAGCACCUCGGCAAGCAAAGCAAUGAGCUCAAGAAGAAGGAAGAGAAGUUGCUGGACGCCGUUGAGUCUGCAGAUGCUCUCGCGGUAGAGGUGCACACAACAUUGGAAUUCGUAACAGGAGGUGGUUCCUACCUACCCGGACUGGAUGACAAUUUCCUCGCGGAUCGUGUUGUAACAUUCCCAAUUAUCCACAUCGUCUCCUUCACUCCCGACGGAAAGAUCCAACAAAUCCGACAAAACUGGGACCAAGGUUCGCUCCUCAAGUUGAUCGAUGUUAUUGGCAAGACUGGGCGCAAUUGGCCUAUUCGUGAUGGCAAGGACCAGAUAAAGUUGAUAACCUCGAGUAUCAAGUUGACUGGAAAGGUCGACCCCAGCGAUGCACAGCCCACAACUCGAUCAAGAGAAAACUCCACAAACGUAACUCGCGAUCCUCACGCAUCCCUCUCGCUUUUCCAACCUCGCGACCAGAGCUACAAUGAUUCCCUCCCAGCUGUUGUCGCUACUCGGUCGUCUGCUAAGCCAGCACCACGCAACUACCACGACCUGUUUGUAGGACAAGAGGGCUCCCCAACCGUCUCAACACACCCAGAACUCCCACGUGAAGCAUCCGACUCAUCAAGUAUCGCACCAAAGGGCGGUGCAGGGAAGAAUUACCAUCCAUCUCGCCUGUUUGACCUCGAAGAUGAGGAUGUUGCAUCACCAGCCAAGAAGAGCAACCCUACCAAAUACCAACAUUUCAACCUUGGCGAAGUCAGUGAAGAUCGUGCAGAGAAGAGACCGCCACUCAAGGAAGUGAACAGCAGCAAGCACUCCAGUCAAUGGAACUUUGAUGACUUCAACACACCCCAGCGAGUUGUCCCAUCCAAGGUUCUCCGUACAAAUGAUGUUCGCCACUGGGGUACCAGCGACGACGAAGUUACAGACAGCCCGGUCAAGAUCAAGAAGGUUGACAAGCCACGGAAGGAUGCCGAGACACAUUUCGAAUUCCAAGAUGACGGAACUCCAGAUGGACCUAGAUUGAUUGGCCGACCACGCGGAGCAGGCACAAACAACGGCAUGGGCAUUUACAAGAACAAUAUGUUUGACGAGGAGGAAGCGACUGCUGCUGGCCCUGAGCCAGUCAAGACAACACUUGCCAAUGUCAAGGAGAGAAGCAAGGAUUUCAACCCACAAUUUGCCAUGACCGAUGACUCUCCAUCCGCAAAGCCAGGGCCUCAACGAAUCCCAGAGGAUAGAGCCAAGGUUUUGAAGAACAUGGAUGCAAACUGGGCUGCAUACGAUCAAUCACCAAACCAAAAGGAGAAUGGUAUCAGGUCGCCUACUGGUCCCCGACCAAAUUCCAGCAAGGGUCCUCUUGCCGAGAACACCAACUCCUCCAGCAACAGAGUUGAGCAACACAAGGGUAUCACAAUUGCUGGAGAUGGAAUGGGUGGUCGCAAAGGUGCCGGCAAACUUGACAGCAGCUCCAAGGGCAUAACUGUCGGUGGCGACGGAAUGGGAGGAAAGAAGGGUGCCGGUCGACAGUGGGGAUUCGGUGACGAGAGCGACGGUGAAGAGGUUGGUGGUGUCAACACCCAAUCUAAAUACAGAACCGGCAAGACUCAAGGCAAAGCCCAAGCAACUGGCGGCGAUUUCUGGGACUUCUAAAGGGAGAAAUCAAAGCUACAUUGUCCACUGGUAGAGAAAAUUGGAGGAUCAGAAACACUCACGGCUGUGAAUAAUGCCUAAUGCGGUACGAUGGUUUACGAUCAGCAUCAACACAAAUUGCAUUUCUUAUUGUUGCACACAAGAAUAUGGAUGGCUGACGGCUAACGCGACGAUGGUUUUCCUUGCUACUUUCCUACUUGUCCUUUGCUAUGCUGCAUUUUCUUUGUUGUUUCUUUACCUUGUUUCGAGUACGAUAUCCGGUUGGUUGAAUGGUUGGAUGGGUGGAGCUAGAACAAGCGAGCGAGCGCUUUGUGGAUAUGGACUGGAAUGGUAUAUGCGGAGUAUCGUUGGAAUGCGGAGCACCGAAUGUGCGGUGAAGUCGCUGCAUAUCAUGGUUGGAUUGAGGCUGGAGGUAUCAUUGUCUGUAUGUUAGCGCGUGCUGUUUAUGAUAUCAACAAUAAGGCAGGAAUUAAAGCUGGAAUCUUCAUGAUGUCUUAUCCUGCUUGCAACCUUGAAUUGCUCCUUGAGCCUCUUCCUUGAGGUCUUCAUUAUGGAUUCAAUGAGGUAUUUAAGCAACCACUUUGCCGGCACAAUUUCCUUCGCUGGCUAUCGUCAACUCAUCGCGAUUCUUUACGAACCGUUCUGAAUCAGCAUCACAUAUACUCAUUUCAAACCAGAACCGAGAUGGCCUCCCAAACUGCUGUGGAAUCAUCUAUCUAGAAUAGCUACCCAAUAGAUGUCUACAUUUACGGACUCGAGUCUGACCUUUGCUUUUUGAAAACAAGGAUACGGAUUAGGAGAAAGCAAGUAAUGCUACAUUCAUCUGAGCUUCAACAAGG